GCAUACAACCACGUCACAACCAACAACAUCCUAGGUAUACACAACCUUUCUCACACCGACACGAACACCUCAAACCACAUCAGUCCCAUUAGCGCAUUGAACCUCUUCCUCCACCACCAAAAUGCCAGGCUUCACUCAAGCCAACGAGCUUCCAGCAUGGAAGUCCCUCAUGGAGCACCACGACAAACUCGGCCGUGGAAUGGUCCUCAAGGCGGAAUUCGAAAAGGACCCCAACCGCUUCAACAAAUACUCCCGCACCUUCCACAACGAAGCCGACGGCAGCGAUCUUCUCUUCGAUUUCAGCAAAAACUUCCUCGCCGAUGAUACCCUCCCUCUGCUGGUCAAGCUUGCUGAGGAAGCCAAGGUGGAAGAGCUGCGCGACGACAUGUUCAAGGGCGAGAAGAUCAACUUUACAGAAGGUCGUGCCGUCUACCACGUCGCACUCCGCAAUGUCAAGAACGAGCCAAUGCAGGUCGACGGAAAGAGCGUGAUCGAGGAUGUCAACAGUGUGCUGGACCAUAUGAAGGAGUUUUCCGAGCAGGUUCGCAGUGGUGAGUGGAAGGGUUACACUGGAAAGGCAAUCAACACCAUUGUCAAUGUUGGAAUUGGAGGUUCCGACUUGGGUCCCGUCAUGGUCACCGAGGCGUUGAAGCCGUAUGGAAAGCAGGGCAUGAAGCUCCACUUCGUCAGCAACAUCGACGGCACUCACAUGGCCGAAGCUCUCAAGGACAGCGAUCCUGAAACCACCCUCUUUCUGGUCGCAUCAAAGACUUUCACCACCGCCGAAACCGUCACAAACGCCAACACCGCAAAGAACUGGUUCCUCAAGUCUGGCAGCCAGAGCGAUAUUGCCAAGCACUUUGUCGCCUUGUCCACCAACACAUCAGAGGUGGAGAAGUUUGGUAUUGACAGCAAGAACAUGUUUGGCUUCAGCGACUGGGUUGGUGGAAGAUACUCUGUCUGGUCUGCGAUCGGUCUCUCCGUGGCCAUCUACAUCGGCUUCGACAAUUUCAAGGAGUUCCUUGCCGGUGCCAACGCCAUGGACCACCACUUCCGAACCGCCCCUCUCGACCAGAACAUCCCUGUGAUCGGCGGUCUCCUCAGCGUGUGGUACUCCGACUUCUUCGGCGCGCAGACCCAUCUCGUCGCACCCUUCGACCAAUACAUGCACCGCUUCCCCGCCUACCUCCAACAACUCUCCAUGGAAUCCAAUGGCAAGGCUAUCACCCGCAGCGGAGACUAUGUCAAGUACACCACCGGCGCCAUCCUCUUCGGAGAACCCUGCACCAACGCCCAACACUCCUUCUUCCAACUCCUCCACCAAGGCACAAAACUCAUUCCCACCGACUUCAUCCUCGCCGCAAAAUCCCACAACCCGAUUGAAAACAACAAACAUCAACACAUGCUGGCUUCCAAUUACUUCGCUCAAGCGGAGGCCUUGAUGAUCGGCAAGACCCCCGACACGGUGAAAGAUGAAGGCGCCGCUACCGAGUUGGUUCCACACAAAGUCUUCCUCGGCAACCGCCCAACCACCAGCAUCCUCGCGGAGAAAAUCACCCCCGGUACCCUCGGCGCGUUGAUCGCCUACUACGAACACGUUACCUUCACCGAAGGCGCCAUCUGGAAUAUCAACUCUUUCGAUCAGUGGGGUGUUGAGCUCGGCAAGGCGCUGGCGAAGAGUAUCCAGGCUGAACUCGAUGCUCCCGGUCAGAGCAGUGAGAAGCACGACUCCAGCACGAGUGGGUUGAUUAAUGCGUUCAAGAAGAUGGGUGGGAUCCCAUGAAUGCAUGAUGGUGUUGAAGAGAGGGAGGAUGAGGGGAAGAGGGUGAAGGAGAAACUUUAGCGGGUUGAGGGGUGAGGAAGGGGUGGUUGAGAAAGCUUGGAGAGGAGGUGUAU